CACAAAAAAAGGAGAGUCGAAAUCCAAAAGAGCUAUAUAUACUUAAAAAGAAUUUAUAGUCUCAUCAAUUGUUGCUAGAUUUUUCACCAUGGUUGCUUCAUUCCAUAGCUUUACUUUCACUAUUGUUGCUUGUGCACUUGUCUUCUGUGUGCAAGUCACACUAGGGAGCAUAACAUGUGAGAAUCUAAACAAGGACUCGUGUGCAUUUGCGAUAUCAAGUACUGGGAAGCGUUGCGCGUUAGAGAAACAUCUCCGAAGGAGUGGUGAAGAAGUAUAUACAUGUAAGACGUCCGAAAUUGAGGCUGAUAAGCUCAAAGACUGGAUUGAAACCGACCAGUGUAUUCAGGCUUGCGGUGUUGAUAGGAAUACCCUCGGAAUUUCUUCUGAUUCUCUCCUCGAGUGCCACUUUACCCAGAAGUUGUGCUCCCCUCAGUGCUACAAACAUUGCCCUAAUAUUAUUGAUCUCUACUUCAACCUUGCUGCUGGCGAAGGUAUAUAUCUUCCCAGGUUGUGUGAAGAACAAGGCGGAAAUGCACGCCGUGGAAUGGUGGAGAUCAAACGCUCGGGAAUAGUCGCACCAGCACCGGAAUUGGGACCCGAGCCCGUAAAUUUCAUGAUUACUCCGACAAUAGCUCCAGCUUUAUAAGUUGAAUUAGCUUAACUAUAUAAGAGUGUGAAAUGGACAUGUUCUAAUUAUUAUUCUAUUGUAUGAAAUAAAGAUUGGGUCGCCCAGUUACCAUAUAGUUUUGUAACUUUGAUCUACGCCAUGUAACUGUUCGUGUUAAGUCGUGAAAGCCUAAGGUGUGGUUAUUUUGGUCUUUAAUUUGAGAAUAAUAUUACUAUUAUAUGUUUCGUUCGAUCUGGCUAGAAAGAGAAAUCAGAAGAAACACCUCUUGAUAAUUGGAUUAGAACUAGAAGAUGUGUUGGCCUUAUAGAUUCAAAGC